UUGAGUACCGAACGCUAAGCUCCGUGGCGCUUUCUCUCAGACCAGAAUGGAUCGUUCUCAUUUAAAUCCCCACGAACUUAAACGAUACUACGAAAAAAUCGCUGUUAUUGGAUGCGAUCCAUACGAAGUUCCUGCAGACUGUUUUCAACACCUUUCAUCAACUGACAGGCUUCCAGAUUUUUCCUUCCACGACUUAUACAUAUAUCUGAUACACAACCCGUCUUCAUACACCGGGGAAAGUCUGAAAGCUUUUAAAAGCACGGAUGCCUAUCGAUAUUUCACGGCUGGCUGGGUCAUUGACCCGAAAAUAUGGUAUCAGAAGAACAAGAAAAUAUUCUUGUGUAAAGCAAAGGUGAAUCACUCUCAGGCCAUAAUUGCCACACCCACACAACCCUGGGUUGUUGUCAGAGAGGAUGGGACAGUGCUAAUGGCUCACUGCACCUGUAAAGCAGGAUUGGGUGAAGCAUGCUCCCAUGCAGCUGCACUGAUGUAUGCACUACUGGCAGCAGUCAAUGUCAAAGAUGGACAGUCCAGCACUCAGAAGGCCUGUGCCUGGGUCAUUCCAGGCAAAACAUCUCAAAUCCAGUAUGAGGAACGGAGCAAAAUAUCAAUGACCAAGAAGAAUAAAUCAAAAUCCACCACACUGCCCAGCAUUCCUGUCCCUUCAGAGGGCAAAUUUGGAAUGUAA